AUGACUCCAAACUCCACGCUGUCUCGGGAGUCUGGCGGGAGACGAAUAAAACAAGCUGCACUCCGAGGCCGGUGCUGCAAAUAUCAUCAGCUGCCGCGAAGCAACACGGAAUCAGAAACUGGGCCCGAGACCAUCGCCGCCGCUCAUAAAUUUCCUCUUAUCGCCCGCGAUGACACGACCUCGUUACCGCGUCCGGGGCCGCGGGGCGGGGCCGCGGAGGCGGCGGAGCCGCCGACAAGACGAGGCGGCGGGGAAGAGGCGCGCGAAGCAGCCGCGGGGGAGCCCGGGGCAGCCGUACAGCCGGGGAAGAGGCACCAGCCGAAGACGGCUCAGACGGAGCAAGCCGACGCUCAGGACAGGCCGCGCCUGCCGCGGCAGAUAGCCGAGACCCGACGCCCCAGUCCCGCCGCCGCAGCCGCGCGCGUGCGCCGCCGCGCCGACAUCGCCGGACACCGCGCAGCCGGCAGCGCGCCGCGUGCGCCGCCGCCGCCGAUCCGCCGCCGCGUUCUCGCCGCCCCGCCUCCCGCCUCCGCCGCCUCCCCGCCGCCGCUCUUCGCACUCUCGCCGCCUCCGCCCUCCCCACCUCCACCGCCUUCUAUAAGUAAAAUACGUACGCCGAUGCCCUCGGCACACGUGCGUGCGGGCGCAGCAGGAAGCAGCGAUCUCUUCGGCGAACGGGCGCGCGUGCGGGCGAACGAACCGCGACGGCGCAUCAGAAGGCCCGCCAACUGGUCCGGCGAGUCAGCCAUUUUGAUUAGUUGUAUAUAA